CGCACCUCUGCUGCGGUCCUGCCCCGCCCCUCGGCCUCGCCCAUCGCUUCCUGGCGUAGGGGAGGGCGGCGAAGCGGCGUCAUCCCCCGUUCCCUCGCGCGAGUGGUAGCGCUCCUCUGGUGACCUGCCAAGGGCAGCCGGCGGCGGCGGAGUCUGCGGCGGGACGGACGGGGGCUCUGCGUUUCGGCCGGGUCAUGGCUUCGUUGCUGUGCUGCGGCCCGAAGAUGGCCGCCUGCGGGAUCGUGCUCAGCGUCUGGGGGGUCAUUAUGCUGGUGCUCCUGGGCCUCUUUUUCAACGUCCACUCCGCUGUCCUGAUUGAAGACGUUCCUGCCACCGAAAAGGAGUUCACGUCCGGGGUAAACGCGAUCCACGCGCUGUACGACCAAGUCAGCUACAACUGCUUCAUUGCCGCCGGCCUCUAUUUCAUCCUGGGGGGCUUCUGCUUCUGCCAAGUGCGCCUCAACAAACGGAAGGAGUACCUAGUCCGCUAAUGCCCCCCUUCUCUGCUGGAGCCCCCUCCCCCCGUUUCACAGACUCCCCCGUGCAGGAAAGUGUCCCUCUCGGGCACCGGGGAAGAGAAGGGCUGCUCCGUGGAGCCCCUUUUCUUACUCCGAACCCCUCUGCCCUCAGUUCCCUUUAUUUAAACCCAAGGAAGAGGCCACUUGGCACCGCCCUUCCUCUGUUGCCCUGUGGCUGACCAAAAGAGAACUGCCGUGUUGUGUAAAUAGCAGAGGUGUUCUCCCUCUCUUCCCCUUUUGGCACCUUCCUGGCUUCAAGGUUGGGCCUCGAUUGCCCGGCUUGCCAGCAGCCGGUUUGAGCCGUCUUCGUGCGUCUGUUUUGUCUUGAUCGUAAUGCUGUUUUGCCCAGGCCGCUCCCCGGGGGCUGGAAGGAACGGGCGUGCAGAGCGAAGGAAGCCUCUGACCCGGGGAGGGGGCUGACAUGGGGCACCCCACUUCGUGCCUCCUCCCGGGGGAAGGAAAAGCUCAGGGUAGCCCUUGCGGGGUGGGGGG